AAUCUCUGGUAUAAUGAAUCUAUUUUGUUAUAGAGGACGGCCGGUUGCCAGAGUUGCCAAUAUACCUAGCAGCCCUGAUCAUGUGUAGCGGAUUCUUCAUGAUGUACCUCGUCGAAGAGCUAGUCCACGUCUACAUUACCAGCAGAGAGAACAAGACUGCGAAUACCAGUUUUACAAGAGUUUUAAGUAUAAGAAGAAAUAACGAUGAGGAAGAGGGGCAAACACAAGUUAUUAAAACGAUAGAAACUUCCCAAGCACAUGGUCACAGCCAUUUAGCCAUUCAAUCUGAUGAUACAAUUGUGUCAGCGCUUAGAGGACUUCUAGUCGUGUUGGCUCUGUCUAUUCAUGAGCUGUUCGAGGGUCUUGCUGUUGGUUUGGAGGCGUCAGCAAGAAGUGUCUGGUACAUGUUUGGUGCAGUAUCAGCUCAUAAAUACAUAAUAGCGUUCUGCAUUGGAGUUGAACUUCUCGCUGCCGGCACCAAGCGGUGGCUGUCUAUCGUCUACAUCUUCACAUUCUCCUUUGUCUCUGCUCUUGGUAUUGGAGUGGGCAUACUUUUGGUGGGAGGAGCCGGGGCUGCGUCAGCUGGAUUAUACUCAGUUGUUUUACAGGGUUUGGCCUGCGGUACGCUAGUGUAUGUGGUUUUCUUUGAGGUAUGGAGACAAGACCGUACUGGAAUCAUGCAGUUCCUAUGCGCAGUCGCAGGUUUCGCGCUUAUGGUCGGUUUAGAAGCCGUCGCUGAAUCAUUUGUGUGACGAUUAUGACCUGCGCAAGCGACGACUAAUUAAGAUAUCUUCAUAAGUAUUAUUUUGUAUUAUUGUUAUUGUGUAAUUAAGUGGUGCCAAUAAAUAUGUUGUUUUAUAAA